UGCUCUCCCGCUUCUAUUGGAUUUUCAUAUCAUGCUCUUUACUCUCUCUCUCUCUUUCUCUGUGCUCUGCUCCACCUACCCAGCUUUAAUCACACAGACUACCAUUGACAUAUAUCACUCACGAUGGCUCCAGCAACUGCAGAAUCAAUAAAGCCUAGAGAUGUUUGUGUUGUUGGUGUUGCCCGUACUCCAAUGGGGGGCUUCCUUGGCUCUCUUUCAUCACUAUCAGCAACUAAACUUGGAUCAAUUGCCAUCGCUGGCGCUCUGCAGAGAGCAAAUGUUGACCCAUCACUUGUAGAAGAAGUUUUCUUUGGAAACGUCCUCAGUGCAAACUUGGGACAGGCUCCAGCUAGACAGGCAGCAUUGAGUGCAGGAAUACCCAAUUCAGUGAUUUGCACUACUGUGAACAAAGUUUGUGCAUCUGGAAUGAAAGGUGUNAUGCUUGCAGCACAGAGUGUCCAGUUGGGCAUCAAUGAUGUUGUUGUGGCUGGUGGAAUGGAAAACAUGUCUAAUGUCCCUAAAUACAUUGCAGAAGCAAGGAAGGGAUCUCGUCUUGGUCAUGACAGUCUUGUUGAUGGAAUGCUUAAAGAUGGUUUGACUGAUGUCUAUAAUGAUUGUGGUAUGGGAGUUUGUGCAGAAAUAUGUGCUGAGAACCAUAAAAUUACAAGAGAGGAUCAGGAUAACUAUGCAGUUCAAAGUUUUGAACGGGGAAUUGCUGCUCAGGAAGCUGGUGCUUUUACAUGGGAGAUUGUGCUGGUUGAGGUGCCUGGCGGAAGAGGAAAACCAUCCACCAUCGUUGAUAAGGAUGAAGGUCUAGGAAAGUUUGAUGGUGCAAAAUUGAGGAAACUCCGACCAAGUUUCAAGGAAAAAGACGGUACAGUAACUGCUGGUAACGCUUCUAGCAUAAGUGAUGGUGCUGCCGCACUGGUCUUAGUAAGUGGAGAGAAGGCUGUAGAACUUGGACUAGACGUGAUUGCAAAGAUCAGAGGAUAUGCAGAUGCUGCUCAGGAACCUGAACUAUUUACAAUUUCACCUGCUAAAGCAAUUCCGAAAUCUAUCAAAAGUGCUGGCUUAGAGGCUUCUCAAAUUUAUUACUACGAAAUUAAUGAAGCUUUUGCAGUAGUAGCCCUUGCAAACCAAAAGCUGCUUGGUCUUAAUCCGGAAAAAGUUAAUGUACAUGGUGGAGCUGUAUCUUUGGGGCAUCCUCUUGGAUGCAGUGGAGCUCGUAUAUUGGUUACACUUCUUGGGGUAUUGAGGCAGAAAAAUGGUAAAUACGGAGCUGCUGGUGUUUGCAAUGGAGGAGGAGGUGCCUCGGCCCUUGUUGUAGAACUUAUGUAAUACUUUUCUUCAGUCCUUGGUUUGCAUUGCGAGCUAUUUACGAGAGAUGAGCUUCAAUGGAUUUGAUUGACUGGUUGGGUGCCUUCAAGUAGAGAAGAUUAUGCAAUUUUCCCAUGUUCUUGCAAACGAUUGUACUCUUCACAUAUAAAUGCAAUAGUGUUUAAUUUCUUACAGAAUACUUCCAUGCUUUUAUAAUAGAUUUACAUAUUGUAUCUGUUGACACAUAAAAGCAUAGAGUACAGUGGUGUUUCGUACUAAACUUAAAAUCUCGAACCCGUCUCUUAUUAGAACUGUCAAGGAUGCAGACACUCAAAUAUCUGUCAAUAACCAGGACAAGUCAGUUGAAUUGUAUAACAGGCUAUCGGCUGGGAGGCUGUUGACUGAAGUUAGAGCAACAAGCUGAUAAGUUAACUAGAGUUGGAAGCUAGACUGUAGUUAGAAGUAAGUUAGUUAGCACAGUUUUAGAAGGUAGUUAUACUGUAGCUCUCUAUAAAUACACAGUACACUCAUGUACAUACAUACAAUUAUUCAUUUUCUUCUCAAUAACAUAUUUAGUUUCUCAUUCUUUGAGUGUUGCCUUCUCUUGCAUGUCUUCUUCCUCAAGCUCAACCUUCAGAUUCAUGGCUGCUAACACGAUAUCAGAGUCACCGGAGUUGAUCGAAGCAGCUGAAAAUGGCGAUCGGAGAAGAAAUGUUAGUUGAGACUUCAUUUCCAGCAACUACGACCACCGGCACAACUGUGUUUCCAUCAAUUGACCACAAUCACCCACUUUUCCUUCAAGCAACAUACACUCCAGUGAAUGCAGGUGGAAACUUCAAGUUUAGGAAGAAUCAGGUCCAGCAUGAAUACUGACAUUAUGAGGGUCACACAAAGGAGAAUUGCUACAAACUUUAUGGCUAUCCAUCAGACUUCAAAGGAAAGAAGAAGGGGCA